AUGGCACCCCUUGGCGCUUCCCCUACUGAUACCGACACCGGCACUAAGAUCAACUCUAAUGAGGUCGAGUUCGUAGAAUAUGUCUCCUCAACGCCCGCGAAAUCUGGUCGUGCUCCAGCCUACGUACGCAACCUUACACCAGAAGAUCGUAAGAGAAUUGAAACUUCACUGAGGCGAAAAGUCGACACGAGAUUACUUCCUAUGAUUGUUCUCAUUUAUGUCAUGAACUACCUAGACCGUAACAAUAUUGCUGCUGCAAAAUUGGCUGGACUAGAAACAGAUUUGAAUCUGACAGGAGAUCAGUUUCAAACUUCUGUUAGUAUUUUGUUUGUGGGAUAUUUGCUAAUGCAAGUGCCAUCUAAUCUCCUUCUUAACAAGCUUGGCAAACCUUCCCUAUAUCUUCCUGGGUGUAUGGUAGUUUGGGGGGUUAUCUCGGGGGCUACAGCUGGGUGUCAAACUUAUGGUGGUCUACUCGCCUGUCGAUUCAUUCUUGGUUUUGUUGAGGCGGCUUACUUUCCCGGUUGCCUGUAUUACCUUUCUGCUUGGUACACACGUAAAGAACUUGUUAAAAGAACGGCUCUUUUAUACUCAGGAUCUUUACUUUCGGGUGCAUUCUCUGGGUUGAUCACUGCAGGUAUAACAAAUGGGUUGAAUGGCGCCAGAGGUCUUAGUGCUUGGAGAUGGCUUUUUAUAGUUGAGGGCUCGAUUACAGUUUUCAUAGCACUGUUUGCGUUUUUCAUCCUACCCGAUCUUCCACGUACAACAAGUUGGCUAUCCGAAGAUGAGAAAGAACUCGCAGCCUGGAGACUAGAAGAAGAUAUCGGACAAGACGACUGGGUUGAUAGUAAGCAACAAACAUUUUUACACGGCGCCAAACUCGCUGCGAAAGAUCCGAAAGCAUGGCUUCUUCUCGCCACUAUUUAUGGAUUUACAUCCGCGGGCACUGUCACCACUCUAUUCCCAUCGGUUGUCAAAGGGCUUGGCAGGAGCAAUAUUGAAACACUUCUCUUGACAACACCCCCAUACUUAAUUGCUGUCGUUGCCAUUCUUUGUAAUGCAUGGCAUGCAGAUGCAAGUGGCGAAAGAUAUCUACACAUUGCUGGACCCCCGGUCUUGGCUUUUAUCAGUUUUGCUAUUGCAGCUGGCACGACGAAGUUUGCACCGAGAUACUUGGCCAUGUGCCUCAUGGUAGGAGCGAACUAUUCAGGAUAUGUUGUUGCACUUAGUUGGAUUUCAAAUGUACUUCCUCGACCUCCAUCUAAACGUGCAGCUGCUCUCGCCGGUAUUAAUGCGUUGAGUAAUGUGGCUCAAAUUUAUUCACCAUACCUUUAUCCUAGCAGCGAUGCACCUCGUUAUGCGAAAGCAAUGUAUGUCAACCUUUCAAUGUCAGUGGUAUCGAUUAUAUUUGCAACAAUACUCCGAUUCCAUUUGAUUGGGUUGAAUAAGAAGUUAGAUAGAGGGGAAGUUGUUGAGGGAGUUAAUAGUAAAGCCGGUCCAGGAAGUAAUGUUGAAGAGGGCGAAGGAGAAGAAGUUGCUGUUGAUACAGGAUUUAGAUUUCUAUACUAG